GCGGGCAGGCAGGCCGGGGAUGCCGCUCGGGCCGCCGUGGUCCUCGUGCCAGUGAGCGCCGCGCGCCGCCGCAGCCAUGACGGUGGAGUUCGAGGAGUGCAUCAAGGACUCGCCGCGCUUCAGACCCUUUGGGGAGGUGCCUGGGGAGAUGAAGACCAGCUAAGUCGGUGGGGGAGGCUCGCUGCAGGCGGGUCUCCAGCCACCCUCUACCCGUCGCAGGGCAACUAUCGAUGAGGUGGAAACGGACGUGGUUGAGAUCGAGGCCAAACUGGACAAGCUGGUGAAGUUAUGUAGCAGCAUGAUCGAGGCAGGAAAGGCCUACGUCACCACCAACAGACUCUUCGUGAGUGGCGUCCGCGACCUGUCCCAGCAGUGCCAGGGCGACACUGUUAUAUCGGAAUGUCUGCAGAGGUUUGGAGACAGCCUGCAGGAGAUGGUCACCUACCACAUGAUUCUGUUUGACCAGGCCCAGAGGUCUGUGCGGCAGCAGCUCCACAACUUCGUCAAAGAGGAUGUGCGGAAGUUCAAGGAGACCAAGAAGCAGUUUGACAAGGUUCGGGAGGACAUGGAGCUGUCACUGGUGAGGAAUGCCCAGGCCCCGAGGCACCGGCCCCACGAGGUGGAGGAGGCUACGGGUGCCCUGAUCCUUGCCCGAAAGUGUUUCCGCCACCUGGCACUGGACUAUGUGCUCCAGAUCAAUGUCCUCCAGGCUAAGAAGAAGUUUGAGAUUCUGGAUUCUAUGCUGUCCUUCAUGCAUGCCCAGUACAGCUUCUUCCAGCAGGGCUACAGCCUGCUGCACCAAUUGGACCCCUACAUGAAGAAGCUUGCGGCCGAGCUGGACCAGUUGGUGAUCGACUCGGCAGUGGAGAAGCGGGAGAUGGAGCGCAAACAUGCUGCCAUCCAACAACGGGACUUCUCCUACGAUGAGCCCAAGGUGGAGUUUGACGUGGAUGCACCCAGUGGGGUAGUGAUGGAAGGCUACCUCUUCAAGAGGGCCAGCAAUGCCUUCAAGACGUGGAACAGGCGCUGGUUCUCCAUCCAGAACAGCCAGCUGGUCUACCAGAAGAAGCUCAAGGAUGUGCUGACCGUGGUAGUGGACGACCUCCGGCUCUGCUCUGUGAAGCCCUGUGAGGACGUCGAGCGGAGGUUCUGCUUUGAGGUCGUGUCGCCCACCAAGAGCUGCAUGUUGCAGGCUGACUCAGAGAAACUACGGCAGGCCUGGGUUCAGGCGGUGCAAGCCAGCAUUGCCUCUGCCUAUCGGGAGAGCCCUGACAGCUGCUACAGUGAGAGGCUGGACCGCACAGCGUCCCCGUCCACAAGCAGCAUUGACUCUGCCACGGACUCUCGGGAACGCAGCGUCAAGGGUGAGAGCGUGCUGCAGCGGGUGCAGAACGUGGCCGGCAACAGCCAGUGUGGUGACUGCGGCCAACCUGACCCGCGCUGGGCCAGCAUCAACCUGGGUGUGCUGCUCUGCAUCGAGUGCUCAGGCAUCCACAGGAGCCUGGGCGUCCACUGCUCCAAGGUGCGGUCCCUGACCCUGGACUCGUGGGAACCGGAGCUGCUGAAGCUGAUGUGUGAGCUUGGAAACAGCACCGUGAACCGGAUCUACGAGGCCCAGUGUGAGGGGCCGGGCAGCAAGAAGCCCACAGCCAGCAGCCCCAGACAGGACAAGGAGGCCUGGAUCAAGGACAAAUAUGUGGAAAAGAAGUUUGUGCGGAGGCCACCCUCGGCACCAGCCCGGGAGGCCCCACAGCGCUGGAGGGUGCAGAAGUGCCAGCGCCACCACAGCUCCCCCCGAGCCCCUGCCCCCCGCCGCAGCAAAGUCCGGAUGGAGCCCGUUCUGCCCUCUGUGGCUGCCCUGUGCUCAGGCUCCGUGGAGCCCAGGUUCCGCAGGGACUCGCUCUUCUGCCCGGACGAGCUGGACUCCCUUUUCUCCUACUUCGAUGCAGGGGCUGCUGCGGCCGGCCCACGCAGUCUGAGCAGCGACAGCGGCUUAGGGGGCAGCUCCGACGGCAGCUCAGAUGUCUUGGCCUUCGGCGUGGGCUCUGUGGUGGACCGCGUCGCUGAGGAAGAGGGUGCAGAGUCGGAGGAGUCCAGCGGCGAGGCGGACGGAGAGGGGGAGGCCUGGGGCCUGGCAGACGUGCGUGAGCUGCACCCGGGGCUGCUGGCGCACCGCGCGGCGCGCACCCGCGACCUUCCCGCCCUGGCGGCGGCGCUGGCACACGGGGCGGAGGUCAACUGGGCUGACGCGGAGGACGAGGGAAAGACACCGCUGGUGCAGGCCGUGCUGGGGGGCUCCCUGAUCAUCUGUGAAUUCCUCCUGCAAAACGGAGCGGACGUGAACCAAAGAGACAGCCACGGCCGGGCUCCGCUCCACCACGCCACGCUCCUUGGCCGUACUGGCCAGGUCUGCCUGUUCUUGAAGAGGGGGGCGGACCAGCACGCCUUGGACCACGCUCAGCAGGACCCAUUGAGCAUUGCGGUGCAGGAAGCAAACGCCGACAUCGUCACGCUGCUCCGUCUGGCGCGCAUGGCCGAGGAGAUGCGUGAGGCUGAGGCGCCUUCUGGCCAGCCGGGUCCUCUGGCCGGCAGCAGCCCCACUGAGCUCCAGUACCGCAGGUGCAUCCAGGAGUUUAUCAGCCUUCACCUGGACGAGAGCUAGGGCAGCGGGGUGGGCGGGACCCCCCCACCACAGGCCCGUUUCCGGAGAGCACUGGUGUUCUGGAGCUCCUGGAGCCCUUGCUGCCGGCUCUGCCCUCCUCCUCCAGCGGCCCCCACCCCGGGCCAGAGCAGGACCAGCACUGAGUCUUCUGAAGCUCCAGUCUUCCCCAGGAGGUGUUGCAUCACUCCCCGCCUCCAGGGACCCUGUAUCUUCAGGUGACCCCUCCCUGGGGGGCCUGGGUUGCUCGUGUCACAAACCACUCUCCAGGCCCCAUGUCACCUUGUGCUCCUCUCUGCUCCCCCAGGCCCGUGUCACCUCCUGCCACUCUAUCCCUGGGCCCAUGCCACUUGGUGCCCCACUCUGCCCUCAGGGCCUGUGUCACCUCGUGCCCCCACUUUACUGCCCAAGGACACUGACCUGCUAGUUGGGUCCCUCCCAUGCCCCCAGCCCCUCCGCUGGGCCCUGGGGCUGGUGGCUGGCCACCGGCACCUUGUGAGGGCAGAAGGGACCGCCCAUCCAGGGAAUCAACCCGUGUACCUCACUUAGCGACCCCAGCAUCCAGGCUGGGCUUCUUGGGUGCUUGGGGGCUCUGGCCUGGGGCCUCAGCCCUGACUGGGCACGGACGUCCUGAGGCCGUGUGGCUGGCCAUGCAGCCCCACCUGUUCCUGCCUUUUCCCAGAGCGGGUGGCAGGUGCGUCGCUCUUCCCACCCCUGCAUCUGAUGUCCUUUGUCACGGACUGAGGGGUUUUCUACAAUGACCUCGUUCUCACUUUGUCUCGCAUCUUUUCUCUGGACUCAAGGACCACCUUGACCUCCAACUCUGCCCGCUGCUGGGGGCACUCUGCAGCUCAGCCCUGCCCCCUCACCAGCCUUGCCCCUGGCUCAGCCCAUGGGGCUUCAGCUCACCCCCAGGGCCCUCUGAUGCCUUCUGCAUUCCCCUUCCUGGAGCCCUGGGGCAGUGGCUGGGCCUCUCCCCAACUCGAACCCUCGGCCAGUCCAAGGCCAGUUGGCUGGUCACUAUGCAAAGGCUGCCCAGGGAGGUCCCAUGGGCAGCAAGGUGGGCCCCCAACUCCCUCGCCUGCUGGCUGUGACCCCCAGAGAGCAGAAUUAACUCCUUCCUCUCUUCCUGCUUGAGCUCUGCCCCCACCUCCCGCCCCACUGCCUGCGCCAGGGCCUUUGCUAGGGCCUCAGCUGGCGGGAUCCGCCUCCACUCCAGAUCACAGUUAAUAAACAGCCGCUUGCACCCGCUGCCUCGUCUCA